AUAGUUCAAAUGAUAUUUUUGGGGCUUUUCCGUUUUAUCGCCUCCUUGCAAUAAACUCCCAACUUCAGACAAACUCGUUCUCUUCCCUUAUAUAUGUAGUUGCUACCUCGGACAAUCAAAAAGAUUUAUGGGCAAAUAUAAUUCACCCAUUCCAUCUAUUUCUUCUGUACAAGCCAAUAAAUUUUAGCUCAUAUUUGGUGUUGUGCAAAUCAACAAGUUUGGUUAUGGUGUUGAAUCUUGAAUAUUAAUCUCAAAAAAUUCGUUUUCUUGAUUUAUACAAUAAAAGUUUCUGAAUAAACCCUUCAAUGGCGGGAAUAGCUAUAUUAUUAGAUCUAUUGAAGAAAAAUCCAAGAUUUAAUGGUCAAACCCUUCAUUCUUAUGGUGUUUUCUCAGCCAAGCUUGCUACCACAGCUGCUGCUGCUUCUGUUGCUGCUAGUUACCCUUUUGCUGCUAGGGCUUUUUUUGGUAAUGGUGCAGCACGCGUUGCAUUUUGCGAUGCUGGCACGGGAUUUUCUGAAGAUUAUAUUUCUAGCAUACAAAGUGAAUCAAUAAUCAAUUUUCAGUAUGAUUCAUUGAAGCACAGUACCAAACAAUACAACCUUGAGUUAAAACCUUUAUUCUCAGCAUUUAUGUGGAGGAAUCUUGCACUGACCUCCUUGAGAUCUUUCCUAUUAUUUUAUUUACCUCUUCUGGAGCCUCGUGCUAACAUGGAGGAUGAGGAUGAUGAAGAUUUCCUACAGGAUACUGAGGAAGAUCGCCGUGUCGACUUGGUGACUCCUUUCAAAAAAUCAGUGAAACAGAUUGGUCGUGAGACUGCUGUUGUAACAACAAGACGCGUCCUGGAAAGAUUGGCUGUCCACUAUGUUUCACAACGCAUGGCAUGGAAGCUUCUGAAAGAUGUUCCCAAGUCAGCUGCACGCAAGGCUCAAAGGGGAAUGCCUGGUGUGAUUUAUUUUUGCAGUGUCACAAAAACAACAUGCAGAGGUCAUUUUCUGGGAGUUUUGGCAUCAUGGUUUGUUCAAGUUGGCAUUGAUAUCUGGCGAUUUUUCAAAGCUAAACAAGACGAUGACACACUUGAUAGAUCAGAAAAAAUUAAGCUUCUAGGAAGGAAGAUUUCCAUUGUUACUGUCAGAUGUAGUGCAUCUCUUGUCUUCGCUUCCAUAGGGGCAGGGAUAGGAGCAAUGAUGGUCGUCCCUACAACUGGCCAGUGGAUUGGAUGCGCUAUUGGAGAUGUGGCUGGACCAGUCAUUGUAGCCUUUUGCUUUGACAAAGCUCUUCACAUGGAUCUGUCAUGAUGACUCUCUUCUUGGUUAUAUAUCAAGGUCAUAAUUGAUAUAAGAGUAAUGUGGUUGAUGUUGAAGCUUUCCCCCCUCCCGCGCACACGCGCACACACAAAGAAGUGGCAAUUCAGUGUUUUUGUUAGACUUAAUUGGUUCCUUCAGCUCUAGAAUAAUAUUCGUCAUAGAUACAUUAACCAAUUUAUGACAUUACUGAGUUCCUUUUUUCGGAUUU